GGAACCUCAUUUUUACGACCGAAGGAACUACUAACAUCCCCGCGUAUGUAACAAAAAGUUUACGAUAACUACACACUCCUUAAUUAUUCCAUUUCCAAAUUCGAACCUAAAUUUGCAAGCUUUAAUAUGAUGAGAACAUGGUGGGGGACCGAUGCAACCGAAUAAUGCCAGCGGCCAGCCUGCAGAUGGAAGUUUCUCUGUCAUAAUUCUUUCAAAUAUCAUCGAAAAUUCCGAAUGUCCGAAUUGGAAUUUUCUCACAAAAAAUUAAUAAUGAUUUCGAAAUAACAUUUAAAGAAAAUACAAAAAUAGAAAGGGUUGUUUUUAUGUCUAUUGGCGUAGAAGAUUGCCAUGGGUGAAUGGAGAAGCCUACAACUUGCACGCUACUCCUCCAAUCCAAACUCCUCUGCUUCUCUCUCAUCUACGUUCUCUCCGCCGUCUACCUCUCUCUCUCCUCCACCAAAUGCCUUAUCCGGCCACCCUCCGCCGCCCCGCCUCCCUUCUCUUACCCUCCAUCUUAUGGAGAAAACAAGCAUGCCAUUCCCACCAUGCGUUCAUCUUGCAACUCCCCUGUUUUUUUCUCAGAUUACUCGGUGGUGUUGAAGAAAAUGGAGAUGAAUUCAGAGAAUGCGACGAUUUUCGGUGAGAGGUCAUUGAGGUAUAUGCAGGAGAAUGAUGAAAGUUUUGGUGGGAAUUUGAGUUUGAAGAAGAGAUUGUCUCAUUUCGUUCAAUCCGAUUACGGGGAUGAAAUCCCGUGUGGUUUCUUCAAACCAUUUCCAAUCUCUAAUUCCGAUCAAAUUGCGAUGGAGAAAUGUAACGGAGUGGUAGUGGUCACGGCUAUAUUCAAUGAUCAUGACAAAAUCCGACAGCCUAGAAAUCUACGGCCAAAAACCUGGAAUCACGUGUGUUUCUUCGUGUUCGUAGAUGAUGCAACGAUCAAGGGUUUGUAUUCUCACAAUUUGAUGUCAAGAGACACUAAGGAAAGCAAGAUUGGUGUGUGGAGAGUUGUUAGGGUUCGGAGCGAGGAUUUAUACGACAACCCAGCGAUGAACGGGGUGAUACCGAAACACUUGCUUCAUCGACUUUUCCCAAACACCAAGUAUAGUAUUUGGGUGGACGCGAAGCUCCAAUUGAUGAUUGAUCCACUACUUUUGAUCGAUGCCCUUGUUGUGGGGCCCAACGUCGACAUGGCCUUGUCGAGGCACCCUCAUUUCGUGCACACGAUGGAGGAGGCAAUGGCGACGGCUAGAUGGAAGAAAUGGAGGGAUGUCGAUGGAUUGAGAGUGCAAAUGGAGACUUAUUGUGAGAAUGGUUUGCAGCCUUGGCACUCAAACAAGUCUUAUCCCACAGAUGUUCCGGACAGUGCUGUGAUGGUGAGGAAGCACAAUGCAGCUACAAACCACUUCUCAUGUCUUCUAUUCAAUGAAUUGGAGGCAUUCAACCACAGAGAUCAACUGCCAUUUGCAUUUGUGAGGGAUAAAAUGACACCAAAAUUGAGGUUAAACAUGUUUGAGGUUGAAGUUUUUGAGCAGAUUGCAGUUGAAUAUAGGCACAACCUCAAACAGGGUGGGACCCAUGUGGGCCCCAAACUGAAGUGGGCAACCCCUGCUUUGUUUGGGCAUCAAUGUGAAGGGUAUUUCUCGGAGAUGCUGGGACAAAAAUUACAUUAUUGAUUUUUUUUUGUGGUUAAUAUUCAUACAAAAAUUCAUAGUUACUGUUCGAGGGUGUAUUAGAAAAAAAUGGUGAGAUAAAUUUGAUUUAGUAGUGCAAAUGUGAGAAUUUUAUUUGGAAUUUCAAGAUCGAGAAGUUGACAUUGUAGUA